AUGAAGCUGCCGCGGCGCGCGUGGCGGCACCGGACGGCGCUGGGCCUGGGCGGCCUGGCGCUGUGCGGCGUCGCCCUGCUCUACCUGGCGCGCUGCGGGGCCGAGGGCCCUCGCUCACCGGCCGGCCACGGCCCCGGCCCCCCGCCCGCCGGCCCCACGCGCGACGCCGCCUUCCUGGCCGUGCUGGUGGCCUCCGCGCCGCGGGCGGCCGAGCGGCGCAGCGUGGUCCGCGGCACGUGGCUGGCGGCGGCGCGGCGCGGCGGCCCGGGCGACGUGUGGGCGCGCUUCGCCGUGGGCACGGACGGCCUGGGCGCCGAGGAGCGGCGCGCCCUGGAGCGCGAGCAGGCGCGGCACGGCGACCUGCUGCUGCUGCCCGCGCUGCGCGACGCCUACGAGAACCUCACGGCCAAGGUGCUGGCCAUGCUGGCCUGGCUGGACGAGCACGUGGCCUUCGAGUUCGUGCUCAAGGCCGACGACGACUCGUUCGUGCGGCUGGACGCGAUGCUGGCCGAGCUGCGCUCCCGCGACCCCGCGCGCCGCCGCCGCCUCUACUGGGGCUUCUUCUCGGGCCGCGGGCGCGUCAAGCCGGGGGGCCGCUGGCGCGAGGCGGCCUGGCAGCUCUGCGACUACUACCUGCCCUACGCCCUGGGCGGCGGCUACGUGCUCUCCGCCGACCUGGUGCGCUACCUGCGCCUGAGCCGCGAGUUCCUGCGCGCCUGGCACAGCGAGGACGUGUCCAUGGGCGCCUGGCUGGCGCCCGUGGACGUGCAGCGCGAGCACGAUCCGCGCUUCGACACGGAGUACAAGUCCCGCGGCUGCAGCAACCAGUACCUGGUGACGCACAAGCAGAGCCUGGAGGACAUGCUGGAGAAGCACCAGACGCUGGCGCGCGAGGGCCGCCUGUGCAAGCAGGAGGUGCAGCUGCGCCUCUCCUACGUCUACGACUGGUCGGCGCCGCCCUCCCAGUGCUGCCAGAGGAGGGAGGGCAUCCCCUGA